CAGUUUGCUUAAAUGUUCUAAAAUGUGUAUUGUUGCCACACAGGGAGUGAAUCCUCGCUUUAGGAGGCAGCCAGGCGGGCAGCAUCGUCUACUGUCACCUUGUAGCUGGCGGCUCACCACAAUGCAACAAGUUUUGGAACAUGCAUUAGAUCGAGCUGAGUACAUUGUGGAAAGCGCUCGCCAGCGCCCCGCCAGGAAGCGUCUUUCAUCCGGCGGCAGGAAGAGUUUGUACCAGAAGCUCCAUGAGCUCUACAUCGAAGAAUGCGAAAAGGAGCCAGAGCUGAAGAAUUUCAGGAGGAACGUGAAGCUGCUGGACAAGUUGCUGUCUCAGGAGUCUGUGUCGUGUCUGGUGGUCAACUUGUACGCCGGCAACGACGGCUACUCGCUCAUGCUUAGGGGCAAGAAUGGAUCGGAUUCCGAAACGAUCCGACUGCCGUAUGAAGAAGGAGAGCUGCUGGAGUACCUGGAUGCCGAGGAGCUGCCGCCCGUUCUUGUUGACCUGCUGGAGAAAUCGCAGGUGAACAUCUUCCACUGCGGCUGUGUCCUGGUGGAGGUGCGAGACUACAGACAGUGUGCCACCACCAAGAUGCCCUCCUACCAGAGCAGGCACGUGUUGCUCAGGCCCACCAUGCAGACUCUGGUUAGCGACGUUCACGCCGUGACCAGCGAGCACCACAAGUGGACGCAGGACGACAAGUUGCAGCUGGAGAGCCAGCUGAUCUUGGCCACGGCCGAGCCUCUGUGCCUGGACCCCUCCAUCUCCGUCACCUGCGCCGCCAACCGGCUGCUCUACAAUAAGCAAAAAAUGAACACUCGCGCCAUGAAACGGUGCUUCAAGAGACACUCUCGAGCGGCGCUGAACCGCCAGCAGGAGCUGUCGCAGCUGCCCAUUCCGCACCAGCUGCGCCUCUACGACUACCUGCAGAAGAGGAAAGAGAGGAAAGCCGCGCCCGCCGUCGACCUGAAGAUCUCCAAGAUCGGAAAUUGCGUGGACAUGUGGAGACGGAACAGCUGCCAGCUGAGCGUUCCCAAAGAAAUCGACGUGGAAAAGUACGCCGUGGUGGAGAAGUCGCUGCAGUUGGAAGAUUCUCAGCCCCCCACUGUGAUCUGGCCCGCUGAGGAGCGGGUGGACGACUACACCUUUGAGUGCGAGGUGGGCGGUCAGGCCCAGAGGACCAAGGUGUCCAUCGUCCAGUCGGCGGGUGACCCGCUGGUGUACGGCAAAAUCUACUGCGCCAAAGACGGCGAGGACGGCGCCGACCUGAAGCUCACGCAUCCGCCGUUCCUUAUUGGCUCUAAAAUGGACGCAGAGCGGUUCCUCGCCCAGUACAAAUGCGUGUACGAGCGUGACGUCAAGUGUCAGGUCAAGAUGUCCCACAACUCAGGCAGCCUGGCUCCGGCACCCCCCUCCCCCUGCAAGGAUGAGGGCGACGGCUUUUCUCCCCUGAUCCAAGCGUCCGUUUUGGGCAAAGGGCCGAAGCACCGGCCGCAGCCCAUCAAACUGCCGCCGGGAUCGGGCGGCGGCGGCUCCUCAGGAAAUCCGUUCGGCUCCCAAAGCGCAAGUGGUCUUCACAAGUGUCCUACACCGCCGCCCACCGCCAAAGGCCAGCCUCUGAGCAGGAAGCACUCCAUGGAGCUGGGGCAGGUGGGCCUGCUGUCCCCCGCCUCCCUUUCGCCCAUGAGCGCCACGCAAAGCGGUUGCUUCUUUGCGGCAGGAUCAGGCACCCCCACCAACACGCCGUGCUCGACGCCGCACCCCGCCGACUCGGCCGCCCCGCCGGAGGCGCCGGCGCAGCCCGCCCUGCUGGCGCCGUUCGCCCAGCAGCAGCUGGCCCUCAGCCAGCCGCUGCCCGUCAUGAGUAUCCCCAUGCCCACGGCAGGCAUCACCACCGGCACCGCCUCCUCGCCCGUCAUGGCCAACCCGGCCGGCCUCAACUUCAUCAACGUUGUCGGCUCUGUCUGCAACCCGCAGACGCUAAUGAGCGGCUCCAACCCCAUGCUCGGUCCCGGACUCAACCUGAGCAAGAUCCUGCCGUCCGGAAGCCUCGUGCCCUCCAUGCAGCCCGCCGCGCAGACCGGGAGUCACUUUGGCCUGAAUAGUAGCGCUGGGCUGCGACCGCUCAACGUGCUGCAGAUCCCGAGCGGUCCGCUCAUCUUCAACCCCGUGCAGCAGCAGCAGCAGCAGCUGUCGCAGUUCUCCCCGCAGAGCCAGUCGGCCACUUCCAGCCCUCAGCAGCAGGGGGAGCCGGGCGAUCAGGGCGCAGACGCGAGUUUGGCCAACCAGCAAACGGCCGUCAUCAACUUGGGCGUGAGCGGCUUCAUGUCUCCGCAGGCGGCAGUGCUGUCCCAGUUGGGCUGUGGGCUGGACGGGUCUGGGCCCCCACUGCCUUCUCCAAGGCUUCAGCAGCAGCACCAGCCUCAGAUCCAAGUAACUGUGACAUGGACAUACACACGCAUGUGCACAAGGGCUGUUGAAGAAGUGAAUGAAUUUAAAAAGAAAAGAAAAAAAAAGUCCAAUUGGAUACGUCAGUCACACCAUCUGUGUUGUAUGUGGAGCAUUGUGAUUGGCCGCCGCCACGCCAAGCAUGGUGCAACAGCGUUGUCCGACCGGCUGCAUGAGUGCUGUGCUCGUCACGGUUACCUUGGACCAUUGGCGUCUUUGGGGAGGGGGUCAGUGCUUUUCGGUGGCUUAGCUAAGCCACAAAUUGCAACGUAUGGCAAAUGUUUGCUGAUUUUCAAUUUUGAACAAACCGUCGUGUUCCAACUCCUGCUCCCGUGCGGCUUCUCUCAUUUCAUGCUUUGCUGGAGCUUCACUAACACGCCCGCUUGUGUGGAAAGCUGUUUGUUUGUUUUUGUGUGUACUUUGAUGCGCUUUGUCCUCGCUUGGGAGACAACUGUGUGCACGCUGAGAACAACUGUGUGUGACUAUUAACACUUUUUGUUUCUGGAAAACAUUGGUGGUGUUGGGGGGGUCAACAAUCAGUACCAGAGAAACAAUUGUUUUACAACAGCAGUGGUUGUCUCUCGAGGGCAAGUGCACGAGUACAUAUGGAAUGAAUGUGUUUUUCCGUACGCUUGUGACAUCACCACCGCGACGCCGACUAUCUGCUCAUUGACGUUUUUUUUUUUUUGUCUUUCCUG